AUGGAGCCCGUCAAAGUUCACCCAGUGCUGAGUAUCCUAGUAAGCAAGUACAAAUAUUUCCAUGAAAAUUUAUCGAACAAAACACAUGUAUUAUUACUUCCUGAGGCCAAAACGCUGCUAAACAUCAACAUAGAUAUUGAUUUUAUGAAAAAACAUAUAUGCUGUAAAAGUCACUUAAAAAAUGUGUAUAUAAAUUUACUUGGCCAGUCCAUCGAAAUUGAUGCAAAAUAUGUAUGCACGGGGUAUGGUUUUCAAGAAAGUAGAAUAUGCAAAAUUGUGAAAAUUGAAACUAAUGCUAAUUAUAGGUUAUUAAAAAUAAUUUCCAUUAACAUCCCACUAGAAGGGGGAUAUCAAGAAGGCGCCGAACCUGUGAGUUAUAUUCAUGAUGCUGAAUUGGAUGUCCAGUUUAAUGAUUUAUCAGAUGGAGAAUUAAAUGUACUAAAUGAUAAAAACAAAUUAUUCAUAUUUUUUAACAAAAAUGUAAACUGCCAUGAAUUUCUGCACAAUCAGCUUUUGCAAUUUACUCGUUCACAUAUCAUUGUCAAGGGGUUCGAAAAUUGUAUAGGGAAAAAAAUUAUUAGUAUAGUGAAGGAUACAAUGAAAUUACAAAAUAACACUGAUGAGAAUAUUUUAAAAAAUGACAUAAAAAUGCCACUAGUUAAGCAUGUCUACUCCUGCCUUUAUAGCAUAAUAUGGAAACAAUUAGUUAUGAAUUAUGAAAAAAUAGAAAAUAAAACUCAGGAAAAAAUGAUUAACCUGAAACAAGAUAUUAAGGGAUUUUUAAAAAAAAUAAACCUAGGGAAUAUUAGCUUGUUCCACGUAGAAACGGUUUCUUUCUAUGUUAAGCAGAUUGAAAAGUGCACGAAUCCAAUUGACAAAAUACACAUCCUUGAUAAUACAAGCAAAAUAAUAUGCGAAAUAAUUACAUGCACAAAUCAGGAUUUGAAAAAACAAAAUUUAGCAAUAUACGAUAUUAACAGUGAUAGCUUAAUUGCAAUUUUGGUAGCUGCAAUUUCGUAUGGAGAAGUAAAAAACAUAAUUAGUCACUCCAUUCAUUUGCAUAUGUAUAUAGAUAAUUUAAAAUCCUCUGAAAAAAUAGAUAAGUUGUCAUUUGUUUUUACCAUAUUUCAUUCGUCCAUUAUUUACCUGUGUGAUAUGAAAGAGAUGUAA